AUGAGUAAUUAUAGUCAUUUACUUCUACUCACCCUCAUUUCCUUGUUAUUUUAUCAAUCAUACUGUCAGGAUUCUGGUAAAUCAUUUUUGAGACUUGAUUUUAAAUUAUUAUUUUUUUUAUCUUACAGGGGAAGUACUUCAAGUGUGACGCUCAGAUUUUCUUUAAAUUUUGCACACACAUCGGGUAUGGACUAAAUAUCAAUUCCUGAAAGUUUUAGCUCGCGCUUUGCGGGCGCCGCCGAGAUAUCGAACGAUUUUUGCCGCCGAGAGAGCACGCUAAACGUGGAGAGCGGUCAGAGAGAAAAGCGCUUUUUGGCCAUAACUUUGGCAGUUUCGUGCGGAAAAAUUUGAUUUUUUGUAGAAACAUUAUCCUUUACAGUUGAAAUAGGCAUGAAACUUUUCGUGCCGAAAUUCGGCAAAAAGUCCUAAAUUUUCGCCGACUUUUGAUCUAAAAAUCUCGGUUGUUUCUGUAAAGCGCGAGCUAGGAUUCUCGCAUAUAUCUUAGAAAAAAUUAUUCUAAAUUUAUGCCAAGUUUCAUCAAAAUCUGAGCGUCACACUUCAAGUACUUCCCUUGUUAGGUUUUAUUUUAACGUGUUUUGAUAUUUUUUUUGUCCUUUAGACUCUAAUUUAACAAGACGAAUCGAGGACGAACUGCUCAACGAUACGUUGGAGAGUCCCAGUUUGAAAGAUAUUGAACAACAUUUCCACGAUCACAAUGUCAGCGAAACACUCAUCGAUUUCCUGAAAGAGGCAAGUAUAAUCAAUCAGUGAUGGUUGGCAUAACGUACCAUAUAGAGGGUUGAAAUAUCACUUGUCGUAUACCUACAUAUAUGGCUCGGGACUUCUAAAUCUCUCCGAGAGAGUCCAUCCGAACCCUGGAAAUUUAGUCCAAAGUUAAAAGUUGACAAAAAAGGAGGAGACGACAGAGAAAGGCAGAAAUUCUUACAAAGAGAGAAAUUGCGCAAUGUUAUGUCAGAUUGCGCAACUUUUAACUUUGUACUAAAUUUGCAGGGUUCGGAUGGACUCUUGCGGAGAGAUUUAGAAGUCCCGAGCCAUAUAUACGGAUUUGUAAAAAUAACAUUUUUAUAAUUUUCGGACCCACUUUUUGAAUUUUUCAAUUGUUAGAACUUUAAAUUUAGUGUUCUUUUUCUUUAUAAAGUUUCGCCAUACAUCCACAAAAGAUGGAUUCGAGCCAAGUUUACCGCGUAGUGUCAUAGGAAACCAGUCCGGGAUCAUGGAAUUAUGCAAAUUUACUUUGAGGUUUGUAAAAGUAGUUAGUUAAUUGGUUACAAACCAAUUUAUUGCGAUAGUUGAAGUGUUUCAAGUAAUUGUUAUUUUUCCAGUUUCACCGCAAUUCUCCAAACAUGAUCAAGGCGUUGGAGAGUCGUGCCAGAGGGGAUUAUGACACCUAUUCACACGAAGCGGCCAAAGUUUUCGGUGGUUUCAUCAAGAAGUACAAGGAUCUUCCCGAAGAUGACCGUCUAAUUCUGUUUCAUCUGGUCCCCGAAGUGGACGAAAUGCUCUCAGAUCCCAAUUUACUCAAAUUCGUCGAUGAAUUCAACGACUACGCACCCCUCCAGUCCUCAACUACUCUAUUGAUUUCUUUUAUUCUGAUGUUUACUCUGUAUUAA